GCAACUAUUAGGAUGGGUAAACACGGAUUAGGUCUCAUAGUCAUACAGAAUGGGCCGUAUCUCCAGAUAACAAGCAUUGUUGAGAAAAGCUCUGCAGCUAACAAUGGAAAGCUAAAACCAGGGGAUGUUCUAAUACAAAUUGGACAUGCCACCAUUUUGGGAUGGACUCUGCGACAGCUUAGGCAACUCCUGCAGAAUAUUCCUAUAGGAACGACUCUACAAAUCAGAGUUUACAGAGAUUUUGUUGAAGUACCUCAAGACUGGCAAAGUGCAAUUGAAUUAAUUCCUGAAGUAAAGCUGCCUGUGGUGUCAGUAGACACAGACUAUGAUGAAGAUGGCAUCGGGUCCAGUACUGAUGAUGAUGAUGUAGGCUUGUAAAUUUUUCAGUAUAAAUCUCCCCAGUCAU